UUCAUUAUCUCUGCACUUUGAAGAAUUGACUGUGGUUUUUAUUACAUUUAGUAUUUUCUUAGAAAAUUGUCUAAAAUGAAGCACUGAGUGGUUGUGUUAGAUAUCAAAUGAGCCUAACUAACAAUCUAUCUCAUAAUGUGGAAACCAAGGCGUAAAAGAAGAGUAUACUCAAGAAGAAUGGCUGAAGAAAAUUGGCCAGUGAAGGUUUAUAUUUAUGAUAUAAGUAAAGGAAUGGCCAGGUCUUUAUCGCAGGCCUUCAUUGGAAAACAGAUAAAUGGCGUAUGGCACACAGGGAUUGUAGCUUAUGGUCAGGAAUAUUAUUUUGGUGGAAUGGGAGGAAUAGAAUCUUGCCGACCAGGAGGAACAGUGUUAGGCCAACCAGACCAAAUAGAACAUUUAGGAACAACACAGAUACCUAAAGAAAUGUUCCAUAAUUAUUUACUAGAGUUAGGACAGUCAACUUUCAGACCACAUGAUUAUCAUCUCCUAGAACAUAACUGUAAUAACUUUAGUUCUGAGGUUGCUCAGUUUCUGACAGGACAAGACAUUCCAUCACAUAUUACAUCACUUCCUGCAGAAGUUAUGAGCACACCACUAGGACAGAUGAUAAAACCUCUAAUAGAUACAAUGUCAGUUCAGCCCAGUGGUGGACAUUCUGUGUUUAGUCAACAGGAACUCAAUACCAUGUCAUCAGGAUCCCAGAAAGUGGAACAAGCACCUAUUCCUCCAGUCCACCAGGGUAAGAGUCAACAGGAAACAGUACCAGAGGCUACAGCAGGGAACAGUUUACCGGGAUCUGCCAACAGCAGUAGAUCAGAUACAUCAAACUUUGACCCCUCCUCUGAGGAAGAGACGGACAUGUAUGAGCCAUAUGUUUACACAGAGGCAAUACCUGGUUUACAGACUCUAAAAGAUAAAAUAGGGAGUAAACUGACCACCAAAAAUUUAGAAUCAUUAGAUGAUAUGUAUGAGUAUCUAUCAUUAAAAGAUAAAUCUCAGUGGUCUUUGGGUAAAGAUCAUAUACAGUCCAUACAUACAGUGAUUGGUGAUGGGAGGAUGGGAGAUGAUGUCAGAGUGGGCGUGUACAAACUUCUACAAUCUCUUGUUCUAUUCGAGGAUUUUAUUACAUUGUUACAACAUGAACCAACAGAAAUGAUAAAGAAUAUUGUACAACAUUAUGACCAGUUGACAGACACUGUACAUACAGCCAUACUAAAAUUACUUACCAAUUUAACCAGCACACAGAAAGGACAAGAAUUUGUAAUGACAGAAUCUGAGGAUGAGAGUAGUCUAUCUUAUCUGACCAGUCAGUUCUGUAUUAAUUGUAUCUUGUCAGAUAAGUCGGAAGUCAACAACUUAAUAGCUACAGCAGUGUAUAACUUGUGUAGAUAUCAGAUACCAGAGGCACAUCAGAUAGAAAUAGGAAGUGCUGUAUUAGAAUGUUUACAGAGAGAUUUAUCAGAACAAACAGCAUUCCACCUAUUAACAUCCUUGUUACUGUUGAUGAAGAACAAUGCAGAGAUGUGUGACUUGGCCAGUAUUGUUGGAAUGAACUGCUCACAACAUGAAAAACUAUCACCUAGAGUUAAAGAACUGUGUAGUAAAGCUCAGGAAUUCUCAGCAUUGUGAUAUAUAUAUAAUGUUCAUAUAAAAAGAACAAUAUCAAAACUUGAUGUGCAUUGCACUGAUUUUACAGUACACAUCAUGGAGAUUUUUUACAGAUAUUUGUAGCAUCAUCCAUCACAUCACCCAAAUGUGAACGUUACUUAAAACUGUGCCAAUAUAGAAAAAAAAUCUAAAAGAAAUAUGUCAAAUUCACAACUGCAAGUUGCAAUGCUUGCAUUCUUUAUUAUUUUCUUCAAAAAUAGUACAUGUUUGAUUCCUUUUCGUCGGAUUCAACAAUGGUUUAAAAUUCAAACAGAUUUUAAGACAUUCUACAAAUAGUCUGUUAGUCAUUUUGAAAAGGCCAAUACGCCCCCUCCCCAACCAAAUAAAAAGUUUUAUUUAUUAUGUGGGUUGGAAAUUAACAUGCUGUUUUUAAGUCACCAUUUGCAUACAGUAUUUUGUCUUGUGAUUACAAUUUAAAUGUUGUUGUUUUUUAAAUUCAAAAUAAAAUGUGCCAGUUGAUAUUAUGGGAGCAAAGAAAUUAUUAUGUUAAAAUUUGAUUCACCAUUUUACAAUAUUUUUUAUACAUAUUUUAUUAUCACCACUUAAGGAUGUACUUAGGUGAGGUUUUGGAAUUUGUGUUAGAUGUUCAGAAUCCUUGUUUUUUUUUUACCAUAAUAUACAAGGUAAAUAUUUGCCCCAAAACAUUCAUUUAUCUUUUUAUAUAAGACUUAAUAGCUCAUAAAAUGCCAAAAUUUAAGCAGAUUUUUUCUUUUUUUUUCUUUUGAUUUGAGACCCAAAUAAUGCCAAUGCAAAUAUAAGGUAAAAGUCUGAGACAGCCUUUUCCAGUCAUAUUUUUAAAAUCAAAUAUCUCAAAAAGAAGCUCCAUGACCUAUCAAUAUUUAAAGCUUAUUUUGUGUCUUAAUUUAUGCUCUUUCAACAAAAAGCAUCAAUUUUAAAUUGUUUUUUUUUAUUUCACCUAAGUACAUCCUUAAACCAUAUAUUUGUUGAGCAACCAUGGCAAAUGUCUGUUGUAUCAUGACAUGUUUUGAAAUUUUGCUAUCUUUGUUAUUUAUUUGAAAAUAAAAUGUAAUAAAGAAUGUUAAA